AUGCCGCCAGAGCUGCGAAACCGACCCCGAGCCUCAUGCCCGCCCUUCCCGGUGCGGCUGCACAGCGCCGGCUCGCCGAGCAUCCAGCACCGCGCGGCUGCCGCCGGCGCAGCGCGUCCCGGGAUUUACCGGGUGCCGAGGAUUUAUUGGGUCCCGGGGCACCACCCCCUCCCCGGGGAAUCACCUCCCCGCCGGGUCAUCACCUACAACGUGCGCACCGCCCCCUCCCCGGUGCACCGCGUCCCGGAGCAUCACCCCCCCACCCCCGGCGGCAUCACCCCUGUCCCGCCGGUACAUCCCAUCCCGGGGCAUCCCGCCCCCCCGGUGCGCCGCCCGUCCCGGGGCGGGGGGAGGGGGCUGCUGGGGGCGGGUCACCCCCCGCCGUUACAUAAGGGGUUACGUCAGGGCGCGCGGUCACGCUCUUAUCCCACCGCCGCCGCCGCCGCCGCUCCCCCACCCCGCCCAUUCACACUGCGCCGUGCAGCGCCCGGCCCGGAGCCGCCGCCGCCGCCGCUCCCCAGUACGGGGCCGGUACCGGGGAGAGGCCGAGCCCCGUCGCGGCGGCCGCCGCCCCCCCCCGGCGCCGCGGUGGUUCGCGCCGCGCGGCCGCGAUUGGCCGAGCGCUUAAAGCGGCCGGCAGCGCGCGCUUUUCCGCCCCGCGGCGCGGCGGCGGCAUCGGCGCGUGCCCCCUCGCCCGCGCGGCGCUGCCCGGCACGCGGGGCGGGGGGGGGCCAGGACGGCGGCCGCCGCGGGACACAAAGGAUGGGGCGGCGGCGGCGGGCGACGCGGCGCGGGGCCAUGGCGGCGGCGGUGGCGGCCGGGCCGGGCAUCGGCGGCGGCGGCGGCCCGCGGUACAGCCUGCUGGCCGAGAUCGGCCGCGGCGCCUACGGCGUGGUGUACGAGGCGGUGUCGGGCCGCAGCGGCGCCCGGCUGGCGGUGAAGCGGAUCCGUUGCGACGCUCCCGAGAACGUGGAGCUGGCGCUGGCCGAGUUCUGGGCCCUGACGAGCCUCCGGCGGCAGCACCCCAACGUGGUGCGCUUCGAGGAGUGCGUCCUGCAGCGGCACGGCCUGGGGCAGCGCAUGAGCCACGGCAACAAGCGCAGCCAACUCUACCUGCGCCUCGUCGAGACCUCCCUCAAAGGUGAGAGGAUCCUGGGCUAUGCAGAGGAGCCUUGCUACCUGUGGUUUGUCAUGGAGUUCUGUGAAGGAGGAGACCUCAACCAGUACGUGCUGUCCCGAAGGCCCGACCCUGCCACCAACAAGAGCUUCAUGCUGCAGCUGACCAGUGCCAUUGCCUUCCUGCACAAGAACCACAUUGUCCACCGGGACCUGAAGCCAGACAACAUCCUGAUAACUGAGAAAUCUGGCACCCCUGUGCUCAAGGUGGCUGACUUUGGGCUGAGCAAGGUCUGUGCUGGCCUGACUGCUCGGGGCAAGGAGGGUGGGCAUGAGAACAAAAAUGUGAAUGUGAACAAGUACUGGCUGUCCUCAGCCUGUGGCUCUGAUUUCUACAUGGCACCCGAGGUGUGGGAGGGACACUACACUGCCAAGGCUGACAUCUUCGCCCUCGGCAUCAUCAUCUGGGCCAUGAUUGAGAGGAUCACCUUCAUUGAUGCUGAGACCAAGAAGGAGCUGCUGGGGACUUACAUCAAGCAGGGGACCGAGAUUGUGCCCGUCGGGGAAGCGCUGCUAGAAAACCCAAAGAUGGAGCUGCACAUCCCUCAGAAACGCAGGACUUCCAUGUCUGAGGGGAUCAAGCAGCUCUUGAAAGACAUGUUGGCUGCUAACCCACAGGAUCGACCUGAUGCCUUUGAGCUUGAAACCAGAAUGGACCAGGUUACAUGUGCUGCUUAAAUUCAGGGCAGGGCACUGCUGUGCUUUGCAGCUGGAUGUAUUUACCAGGGACCCAUAAUCUCCAUUAUUUACGUGCAAGAAGGAAGUCAAAGAUAAGGGAAGAUGAUAAUACAGAAGAUCCCCGGUCUACAGGAUCUCUUGCAAUGUGAAAUAUUUGAGUGUUACUUUUUUGUGUUGGGAAGGGUGUUGUGGGGGUGUGGGAGGGGGCUGCAGGUGCCUGUGGAAGAACACAAGCUGGCAGCUGUCACUCACAAAACUUUGAAAGAAGAUCCAGAGAGCAGAGUUGUCCUUGCCCAGCCCUCCCCGUGUCUCCUGUGCUGCUGUUCGACUCUUUAGAUGUUUUUAGGGAUGUGGUUCCAUAAGGAAGUGGGAAUCAGCAGCCUGAUGGUGAGGUGUACUGCCAGGCACCAGCUCUGAGUCCAGCUGGGCACAGCUUUGGGUUCAAAGCUAUUGAUUUUGCCUAGGGAAAAUGGGAGCAAAGUGGUGGGUAGGCUUGCAUUGGGAGUGCAGUGCUUUAGGAAAGAGGAAUCUCUUGGUCCACAUGUUGCAAGCAGCUAAAUAACUUCAUAGCCAGGCAGCUCCUGAAUAGGUGGUGCUGCCCAGGCUUGUGAGCAGCUGACAUUAGGAUAGAGUAGGAUAAACAAGCUGGAAAGCCAUUUGGCAAAGCAGGUCUUCCCAAGCUGGAUUUCAUGAUCAUCUUUGUGACUGUCUUUCUAUACAGAGGGAACUGGGGAGCUGCUGAGAACAUUUUCAGGUUGACAUCAUCUGAGUACAAGAGAAACAGAGAGCAGUGCACUGCUCUGAUCCAUUUAAUGCCAAACUUCAGUCAAUAGGAACAAUGCUGUGGAGAGGAGGAGGUUUGGCCUAAUGGGUCAAGGGCUGGAUUUUAGCCUCCCACAGGACACUUUUCCCUGCUAGCUAAUGAUCUCCAGGAAGCAAAAGGCAAUGCUGCUAUUCAGGAUAGGCUACAGUAUAGUACAGCUCAGGUCAGGAGAUUGGAACCUCAGGCUGAGCACUUAAAACUCUAUUUCCUUGCCUAUAUUUAAAGCAAAACUCAUUUUCUGGGGCUGCCCUGUGUUGAUGAUCUUUAGACUUUGCUCACUGUAAAUGCAAUGUAAAGCACCACCUCUUCUCCACUCUGCAGCUUCUGAACCACCUAAAAUGUUUCUCAGCAGGUGAAAUCACCAGCAGUGGUUUGGGAAGUGGGGCUGGUCUGACCCAGGGUGCUCAGCCUGGAGCUGGCCAUGGCAGCACCUGCUCCCCUCAUCCCUGGCUGUGGGAACUGCUCCUUGCCUGCAGCUUUCCUCUGCCAUCACUGGAAGGUUCCUAACUGGCAGCACCUCUAUGUAUCUCCUCAGUGUACUGUGCUGAGCUCACAGGAAUGAAUGGAAAUGGAGGAAAUUCAGGUGGGCUCAGGCAGAGCAGGGGAAGGGUGGAGGAGCUUCUUUUCCAUCUUUUCCAGAACACAAAGCUAAAGCUGUGGCUGCAGAAAGACCUAGUCCUUCUUAGGAGGACCAGGAGGCUCCAGGCUGGCUGUCUGUGACUUGUGAAGGUUUGGACAGCACAAAUGCACUGCCAAGCCCUUGUUCUCACACUGUGUUUGUCCCUAGGGAUGUUUCUAUGGGCU